CGACGCCACCAUAAAUAGCUCGCUAGCCAGUUGUUUUGGGAGAAGAAGAAAAGAUCAGCAAGCGGAAGAAACAGCGGAUUUGGUUUCGAAUAGAGUUCAGUUUAUGAUCCCGGUGGUUUAGGUAUUUUUUUAAAAAACACAUUUUCAACAAUGUCGACCCCGGCAAGGAGACGGCUUAUGAGAGAUUUUAAAAGACUUCAAGAAGAUCCUCCUACCGGUGUGAGUGGAGCACCAUCAGAGAACAACAUCAUGCUUUGGAACGCUGUUAUUUUUGGGCCUGUGGGAACACCUUUUGAAGAUGGAACAUUUAAGCUUCUGAUAGAGUUUUCAGAGGAGUACCCAAACAAGCCUCCUACAGUUCGGUUUGUCUCCAGAAUGUUUCACCCAAAUGUUUACGCAGAUGGCAGUAUAUGUUUAGACAUUCUCCAGAAUCGCUGGAGCCCAACGUAUGAUGUGUCGUCCAUACUCACCUCCAUCCAGUCGUUGCUGGACGAGCCAAACCCCAACAGCCCAGCCAACAGCCAGGCUGCACAGCUCUAUCAGGAAAACAAGAGGGAGUACGAGAAGAGGGUGACGGCCAUCGUGGAGCAGAGCUGGGUGGACGUCUGAGCUUCUACUGCUCUCCUACUCUUCUCUCCAUCAGCCUCUCUUCAUCAUCCCAGUACUCCAGUCUCUCAUUUUUACCUCAUCAAGAGAAAAAGGAAAAAAAACAACAGCAACUAUAUCAGAAGAACUCAAGUGCCACCCUGAAAAAAAAGAAAACCACCAUACCAGAAUGGACAUUAACUUGCUUGCCAAUACAUUUUAGGAAAAUGAGAGAGAGGGGAUAUCAAUCUUAUAUUUGUGUUUCUCGUCCUUAAUUUUACUUUUUUUUUAUUGCAUGAUGUGAAAUAAGUUAUUGCUAACAGAAUUUGUAAUAUAUCUUUGUUGUUUGGUUGGAUUGAUGCUGUUAGUGUUUGAGUUUUACAGACCUUUUUUUUUCUUUUUUUCCUUUGGAAACUUCCCCCAACUUUUUUUGUAUUGUCUGCUGGUGUGCACACAACUUGGCUGUUUUGGAAAGAGCGCGUUGAUGACCAAAUCAGUAUAUAUAUUUUUUGAAAGCUGUGGAAAAUCCCCUGAAAACGCCUUUCAGAGUUGGUAGCAUCAUUACUCUUCAAGUCAGCCACAGAUACAGCCGAUAAAGAACAAUCCAUACUCUGUUCCGGCAGAUCUGUUUAUUUUAAGAGACACUGUAGGUUUGGGCUUGCAGACGUCACGGGCUGCAACAGUACCAAGUCUCCCUUGCGCUGAUGAAUCAUGACUCACCGGUUUGCCAUCGCCAAGCUUUUAUUUUAAUCAUUUCUGCUCUGAAGUAGGAGAUAAUGUUGGAGGAAAGUAAAUAUUAACACCAGGAUGGACUGUGAAUCCCCAGUCGUCUUACCACCAUGUCACUAAAUGUAAUCAAAAUGUACGUGGAGCAAAGGAAUUCGUUGGUGAGUGGUGGUGUUAUAUCAGUUUAAUUAAUUCAAGUAAGAAACCUGUGAAUGUUUACAACAGCUGGGAUAUGGUGAUGAGCAAAGCAGGCUGGAUCUACACCAUGUUCUCCUUUUAGUUUUGGUUCAUAAUAAUAAAUAAAUAAAAUAGAAUAUAAAUGCAGGGGCGUGUUCAAAACUGAGUUCUCUCACGCGUCCACAUGGUUUCCUAAUUGCUCUCGCCGCAGAAAGUAAAUGACUCCUUUGUUGCCCGUGACGCGUCACCCCGAAUGAAGUGUCAGCACUUUUGAUCCUUCUCUUAAAGUGACACAGCUGAUAAAUUAACAAAAAAGCAGUUCUGUCUGGCACAUUUCUCAGCUCUUAAUAAGUAAACGGUUGCACUCGUGUGACAACCGUUUUCCUCAAGGCUCAAGUUGUUUGCACGCCUGCGUUCGUCUUAGUUUUUAUUUGUUCUUGAUACCCAAUAAAAGUACCACUUGAGCAUAAAUCCAUGAGUUAACCCUGCCCAACUGCAGCUAAAUAAUCAGUCAUCAUAAAACACAAUUCCUCUUUUCUUAGACAGUAAAAGGUCAUAUUGUGGCUAGUCUUAUUUCACCUAAUAAGCAGAAGGGAUAUGUUAUAAAAUUUUGUGAAUUAAACAAAAAAUGUAUACUUAUAACAAUAUGCUGUAUAAACAUAAUAAAACACAUUUUUCAGACUUUGA